AUGACAAAAAAAUUGAUCAGAGAUAAUAUCGAUACGAUCAUAUUUUCAUUAGUUUGUAAGAGAUUCUAUCAAAAUAGAGAUACACUCAUACAAUGGCAAUUAACUAAAAACAAUGCCUAUAAAUACUUGGAGGAUAAACAUUUUCAACAUUUUCAUUUGAAUUCUUUUAAAUCUAUACUUUUGAAAUCAUUAGAUUUAUAUUAUAUCGAUAAUAGUUUUAAUGAUAAUGAAAAUAAUGAAAUCAAUUCAAAUAUAAAUAGUUUAGCAUUUUCAGGUGGAUUCACAGGCCAAUUAGUUAGAUCGAUGUUUCCAGAUUGUAUUACUACUUUUGGUGACACAUCUAACGUUUGGCGGAAAGUUCAAUCAGAUCCUAGAGGUCGGUGUGCUCCCGUCCAAUCUGAAGUUCUUGGCAUUCGGAACGGACUUUAA